GGUCAAAAGUUUCCUCAGUUGGAGAAAUGCACAAAAUGCUGCCACAAUUUUCACUGUCCCCUUUGUAUGGCCAGUAUAUUUAAGCCCUGCAAAGUCAAGAAAGUCAAGUUGCACUUGCAAUGCCACCUUAACAAAACAGUUGUCCAUGGAGAUUUCACUAUUCACAGAUGUGGACUGGGCUGUAGAGCAUCACUCCAUUACCACUGUAUGUACUGUCCAACAACAAUUCUUAGGAGAGAUGAUUUUAAAAAUCAUUUACAAGUCUGUAAGCAUAAUCCAAACUCAGAAUCAGCCACAAAAAUGCUGUCAAGCACCAACACACCAUCAAUCAUCGAUACAGCACAGACAGUUUCUUCAGUCACAUACACACCGUCAACCUCCAGUACAGAUAUGAGUGCAUUGACAAUCACAGACACUCCUUCACCCACCGCGACAGGAAAAUUUCGCGUACAGCCUGUUAUUAAAAAAAAUUGUCCAUCGUGCAAUGUGCUCAUCAAUAAAAACAACCUAGUAAAACACAUGGAGCGCAAACACGCAGAUCAGUCUGAAUUAGACAUUGGUGAGACAUUUCAGCUUACAAGCCAAUGUAUAGAUGAGAUAAAUGGGAUAUUCGUGGUUCUCAAAGUCGUGAAAGGCCACGUCGUCCCACUUCACGUACAAUGCCAGACAUUGGGCGAAAACAGCAGAGUCCUCUGCGAAUCGAAAGAAUGCCAGAUUAACAUAGAUGUCGCGCAGAGGAGCGGCAUUACAUCGUACCAGUGCAUGCAUAUCAGUGCAGCGAGCUUUUGCAAGUCUUUGGUUGAACAAGUCUUGCUGGAGGAAGACGUUUUAACAGAGAUGGUCAGAGGAAAAUGGUUCAGCCAGAAAAAGAAAAAAGAAUGCCUUGCUCUGCAGCAGCUUACCAAUAGUAGCUGCGUACCGCUUUCUGUUCACACCUCGAUUGGGAUCUCAUUGGAAAAAAGGUUCAUUUCUGUUUUUGAGCCCAAUGUGACGACUUAUAGCCGUUUAGGUCGUGUCAUGGUUGUUUAUAACACAAAACUGGACACUUGGCACUGUCCUUGCACCAAACUGCGAUGUUUAUGUCUGCACAAAUAUGUCGCCAAAUGGCAUUUGUUUCAAACGCAACGUGAGAUUUUCAGGACUGACGGAUCGCCUUAUAGGCUGCAUUCAGAAGAGGAGGACAUCACUGAAAACAGUCAUGUGUAUCCCCCGAAAGGUCUGCGACUGGAGUAUAUUGUGAAUUACAUUCUUCAGAACAAGAAGAUACCUGCUGUUCUUCCAGAAGAUAUGCGCGUACCAUCUCCACUCAAGGAUUACCCACAAAACCUUUAUCCAAAUGAAACUAUGUGUCAGGAAUGUCCAGAGAAUGUGCUCCUCAGCGAUCCUGUGCUAAUUACACAGAAUGCCAAAAUACUGACCAAUUGGUGCAUUAUUAAAGAUGUCGCCACCUACUGUAAGCAGUGCCCGCAGUGUGGGAUGUUUUAUCGUUACCAAGAGUGGAAAGAUCGCCUCCAUAACUUCAAUGAUCACAUCAUCCUUGACAUAUCUUUAUGUUUAACCCUGAGAAACCUUCUGCAGGUAAUCUUUCUGUCUGAUUAUAUGAGGGUUAGUGACCUGAAACUAUUUUCAUCUUAUUAUUUUAAUAUUCAAAUGUUCGAGUUAAAAAUGACAGUUUAGUGAAACUUCUUAUAAUUGGGGGAAAAGAAGCCAAUUCAAAGUUUUGUGGUCCAGACAACAUGCAAAAAUAAUGAUCAUUUUUUAUAUUAAAAUAUCGGAUAAUUUCACCUUUUAUGUCAAAUUAAAAUAGUUUUUUCACUUCAUUAAGUCGUUAAAUUUACUAGGGCUGUCAGUCCCUAACAGUUAUUUUGGGAAUCGAGUAAUUUGUCAAUUAUUCUGUCGACUAAUUGAGUAAUAUGAUUUUUUUCUUUUUUUAAUAGACUUUAAAAUGACUUUAAAAAAAACAUACAGGUGCAUCUCAAUAAAUUAGAAUGUCGUGGAAAAGUUCAUUUCAGUAAUUCAAUUCAAAUUGUGAAAGUCGUGUAUCAAAUAAAUGCAAUGCACACAGUUUGUCUCACAUUUAACAAAAACCCACCAAUUCACAACAAAUUAAAAUACUUCUUAAGACCAAUUAAAUAAAAGUGAAUUUGGUGAAUUGUUGGCCUUCUGGAAAGUAUGUUCAUCUACUGUACAUGCACUCAAUACUUGGUAGGGGCUCCUUUUGUUUUAAUUACUGCCUCAACUCGGCAUGGCAUGGAGGUGAUCAGUUUGUGGCACUGCUGAGGUGGUCUGGAAGCCCAGGUUUCUUUGACAGUUGCCUUCAGCUCAUCUGCAUUGUUUGCUCUCUUGUUUCUCAUUUCCCUCUUGACAAUAGCCCAUAGUUUUUCUCUGGGGUUCAGGUCUGGUGAGUUUGCUGGCCAGUCAAGCACACCAACACCAUGGUCAUUUAACCAACUUUUAGUGCAUUCGGCAAUGUGGGCAGGUGCCAAAUCCUGCUGGAAAAUGAAGUCAGCAUCUUCAAAAAGCUGGUCAGCAUAAGGAAGCAUGAAGUGCUCCAAAAUUUAUUAGUAAACUGGUGCAGUGACUUUUGUUUUCAAAAAACACCAUGGACCAACACCAGCAGAUGACAUUGCACCCCAAAUCA